GGCGUCUUGUAGGAUCCCAGCUGUUUGAGCUGGAACGGGCCUUUGAGAUUAUAGUUAUCUUACAGUGGAGGAAACUGAGGCCCAGAGAGAGGAAAUGAGUCACUCACGGAGCGGAAGUCCUCAGUGGGAGGGGUCCUGAACACAGCUGCCAAGUCACCCCAUGAUGUCCAGGACGUGUGGUUCUCCAGGGCCUGAUGCUGGGGCAGCCUGUUCAGAGUCAGUGCCUGAAUCAGGAACAGCUAUCUCAUCAUUGAAAAAGAACAUCCACAUUCUCGUGGGAGUCACGGGCAGUGUGGCCGCCUUAAAGCUGCCUCUUCUGGUCUCUGGCCUUUUAGAGAUUCCAGGGUUGGAAGUAUCGGUGGUGACCACGGAGAGAGCCAAACAUUUCUACAAGUCUUGCGAUGUUCCUGUCACCAUCUAUAGUGAUGCUGACGAGUGGGAGAUGUGGAAGAGUCUCUCUGACCCCGUCCUGCACAUUGACCUUCGGAGAUGGGCGGACAUGCUGGUAGUCGCCCCUCUUGAUGCCAACACGCUGGGAAAGGUGGCCAGCGGCAUCUGUGACAAUUUGUUGACUUCAGUCAUCCGGGCCUGGGACCGAACAAAGCCCCUCCUCUUCUGCCCAGCCAUGAACACCGCCAUGUGGGAGCAUCCUGUCACAGCCCAGCAUGUGGAGCAGCUGAAGGGCUUUGGCUACAUCGAGAUCCCCUGCGUGGCUAAGAAACUUGCCUGUGGAGAUGAAGGUUUGGGGGCCAUGGCUGAAGUUUGUACGAUUUUAGGGAAAGUGAAAGAAAUCCUUUUGGAACAGGACUUGCUACACCAGAGUUGAUCCAAGAAAUGGCCCCCCUGCACCAACCUGUUUUCCACAGAGAAGAAGCACGUGCACUGACAAAGACUCUACAGGAGGGUCCAGUACUGGGGGGAGUCCUGACUAAGCCCCUGAGUGCACUGUCAUAUCCAGGCCAUAUGCAAUCUGGAAGAAGCCAGGAUGAUGAGGAAACUCCCUCCUUCUCAGGCUCAGGUCUGAUCUGGGGCCACCCUGGAGUGUUGUACACCUUCCCAGGAACAAAGGAGCCACCCAGGACAGAGGAGCAGGGAUCCAUUUGGCUUUCUUUUGGGGGUUCUUAUGGGACUGCAAUGGUGGUCCUCGCCAGCCUCCCUCCCCUAAUACUGCCUCUGUGCAAGAAAAUCAGGUUCUCUAAUGGAGGUUUGGAUUGUUUUCAUGGAAAGUGGAAAGGCUGAUGUCCAUUGCAGUGUUUUAUAUACUUUGGAAGAUUGAGAAAUUGAGAUAAAAGAAUUAUGUGCAUCAUGUAGGAACUAAUUUUAGCCUCAUUUUUGGCUAGAGAUCCACAACGCUAUUGGAACCCCUGCUAUUGGGUUGAUAUCUUGUUUCACAGCCUGAGGACCCAGACCCCUUUUGAGAUCAGGGAACACAAUGUUUCUGCUCUUAUCUUGCUUCUCUCCUUUGAAACCAGAAAUCAUGUCUUCCACCUCCCUAUCGCCCCAUGGUGCCAUCAUGGUGCCUCCAUUUAACGUGUAUUCAGUAAAUGUUUUUUUAAUUACUUAAUUGGAAUAUGACAAACCAUCCUUUCCUAGAGGAGCAGCCUCACUUUGAAAGUCUGCAAAUAUGGCGCUACCUGAUAAACUCUGGCCUGAGGGAAGGCUGGCUUGGUAGGCAGACAUUCUUAUUGCCUAGGACAGUGGCCCUCUCAUGUCUCCAGCAAAAUGGUCCUUGUAUUCAGCUGUACUACCCUUUAGGAAGAGAUUUGGAAAAGUAAAAGGGGUGGGGAUGGUGAAAAACAGAGAAAGAAAAUCUUUGGGUGAGGAUUGAAUUCCUCACCAACUUUGCACAGGUUUCCCUGUGCCCUCGAAUGUUCAGGAGUGCCAUGCAUGGGAUUCAGCCCAUUGCAUGGAGGAAUAGAGCCCAGGACUCCCACACUGGGGUCCUCCCUAUUCGCCAUUCCUUCUGCAUCACUCUCUGGAAGCCCCCAGUUUGUGUGAAGGCCUCCACACCUCCCCAGCUGGCAAACUUGGGAUUCUGCUUUUGGUCCCUACCCCACGGGGAAGGUCUUGUUCUCCUCCCUCUCCUCUGAAGUUUACACUGGCUUCCCACUUCUAGUCCCAGAGGUGGCGGCUAUGGGGACCGUACCAGAAGGUUCAGGAACAAGAUUUGUGGGCCAAGAGGCCUCAUCCCUGAGUGGUCACGUGGGGAAAUCAGCACUGUCCACAGCGGUCUGCCCUUUUCAACCUCUUACUUCUUUGCUUAAUAAAAUUGUACCAGUGGAGUAA